UACUCAAUCAAACAAGAACUACAACUUAUUUUUGUACUAGACUGCUGCAUUUUCCUCCAUUUCAUCAUUUCAUCUUCUUCCAUAGUCUCUCAUUUAAUGAUUGAUAUUAUUCCAGAUUCAUCUAUGACCUAAUUGCUUCAAAGCAGAUGAUCCAUUUCCUUUAAUUUUGCCAUUCUUCAACCCCUCAUUACACUUUCACCAUGUCCCAAUCUUCAAAUUUUCGCUUAGUUAGAUGCCCCAACUGCAAUAAUCUUCUCCCGGAGCUUGCUGAUUAUUCUGUUUAUCUCUGUGGCGGAUGCGCCACUGUUCUUCAAGCAAAGAAGAACAAUUUUGAAGCUGAUACAUCUUCAUUGAACUAUAUUGAUGAUGUUAAGGAGAAUCCAAGGUUAAAUUUGGAGAAAAACACAUCUGAAGCACUUGGAUCUGUUAAUCAGAAUGAAGCUGGGGAGCUUUUAAGGAAGUUAGAUGAGCUUCUAAGGAGGAAUCAUGAGAAUUCUUCAAAGGAUUCAUUUGAUUAUAGUAGGUUUGAUCCAUUUUAUAAUAAUAAUUGUUGUGUUAGAAGAAGACAACCUUCAGCUCUCAAUAGAUUUACCCAUUAUCCACAUCCACGAAACUUUAAUAAUAACCAAAUGAGUUCUCGAUUGUCUCAACCUCGGUUUUUCCAUUACUCUGUUCCUACAAUCGCCUUUCCGUUGAUAGGUGGUGCUCCGUUUGUGUCGUGUCGUAACUGUCGAGAAUUGCUUCAAGUUCCCAAUUCGGCUUUCUUAACAGACAAAAAUGGAAGGAAAAUGAAAUGCUGGGGUUGCUCGACUAUCCUUCUUUUAAGGGUGGUCGAAAAGAAACUGAAUGUUUCUGUUUUCGAAGAAAGUAGCCACGAUGAGAUCUAUGGUUCUCUAAAUAACUCAGAAGGUUUCGAUGAUUGGGAUUGGGAUGAACAGAAAACAACCCAUAAAGAAAAGACAACAUCUUUGGCUGGGAAAAUCAAGAACACAUUGAAGGAAUUUUCAAGAACAAUGAAACUAACAGAUCAAAUUGGUUCAAUUAAUGUAACUGUUAAUGGGCAUCCAAUUACAGAUGGUUUAGUGAAGAAAGCAGAGAAGAUUGCUGGACUAAUCCAACCUGGAAAUUACUGGUAUGAUAUAAAGGCUGGAUUUUGGGGUAUGAUUAAUGGACCAUGUUUAGGGAUAAUCCCUCCAUUUAUUGAAGAAUUAAAUUAUCCUAUUGAAGAAAAUUGUGCUGGUGGGAACAGUGAAGUGUUUGUAAAUGGAAGAGAACUUCACCAAAAGGAUCUUGAAAUACUUGCGAUGAGAGGACUCCCUACGGUUAGAGGGCGAUCUUAUAGGGUUGAAAUCUCGGGAAGAAUUUGGGACGAUGAAUCUGGACAAGAGCUAGAUAGCCUCGGAAAACUUGCACCAACUGUCGAGAUGGCUAAGCACGGUUUUGGCAUGAAGCCUCCCAAACUUAGAGUAUAAAACUCGAAAUAUGUUUUCUUGGUCGAAUUUUUAGGGUCCAUGAUCUUAAUAAUUAGCUUCGUUUUCUUUUUAUUUUUUUAAUUGAAAGAAUGAAUUUGGUUUUAUGA